ACUUCUGUUUCCUCUGUUCACACCACAACUUCUUCGAAGUUCCUUUUACUUAAUCACCACCUUAACCUUUCCUUUCCCCCUCAUUGACCCUUUUGAAUCCUUCCUUAUAUAAGUGAGAGUCUCCUCUUCUUUUUUGCCAUGACCCUAAGGUUUCUUAAAAAAAUUAUGCUUUUGUAUGGUUUCAAAUGGUUGCAUUGUAGCACUGUCAACACUUAGUGGUGAGAGGUUUUGAAUAUAUUGUGAGCUUCAAACAGGGUUGUCAAAAAGGCAUGGAUGGUUUUGAGAAAGAGGAGGUGCUGCUCUUAGAUACUCAUUUCAAACCAUUCAAUGAACCUGUUGAUUCUAAGUUCCAGAGGCAUGUAUCCGGGACAAAAAAUGCAUCGGUUUCUAUUCCCAUGACAUCGUUGGAGCCAAAUGAAAGAGCUACUAAUAUUAUGGGCCACACUGGUCCCCUAAGGAGUCAGAGAAAAACUCCAUCUAAUCAGAUGAGUCGUCCAUUGAAUGUUUCGCAUAGACCUGGAAACCAUUUCUGGGCACCAGAGAACCAAACAGCAGAAAGUAGGACAGAAGUUUUUUCAUGCAGUGGCAUGAAUGAAAAUGAUAUGCAGAAGAACUAUGAUGGCAAGAAUGAACAUUUAGUUAGGUCUGGUCAACUGGGAAUGUGUAACGAUCCGUAUUGUACAAUUUGCCCAACUUACAUCAAGCCUACUCAACAAAGCAAUUCAAAAGCUUCGGGUAUAUUCAAUACUAAGUUUCACAAUGCCACUAAGGGGGAUGCCAAGGAUUGGGCAAGAACUACUAGAGUUGUGAAUCCUCAUACUAAACUUGUAAAACAAUGGAAUAAAAUCCUUGCAAUUUGUUGCUUAGUAGCAAUUUUUGUGGAUCCAUUAUUUUUCUUCUUGCUCUCUGUGCACAAGGAAAAUAAAUGUAUUGUCAUAAACUCGACUAUGACAACAAUGCUUGUUGUACUUAGAAGCAUAAAUGAUUCCAUACACUUCCUAAACAUUAUUCUUCAGUUUAGGUUGGCUUAUGUGGCUCCCGAGUCUCUGGUGGUUGGUGCAGGGGAGUUAGUCGAUGAUCCUAAAAAAAUAGCUUUUCACUACCUACAAACAUCUUUUAUUGUUGACUUAUUUGUUGUACUUCCACUUCCUCAGAUAUUAAUAUUGUUUCUCCUACCAAAACACUUGAGGCCAUCAGGAGCAAACUAUGCAAAGAAUUUUUUGCGUAUCGCAAUCCUUGUUCAGUAUAUUCCCAGAUUGUGUUGGUUUCUUCCUAUGCUUAUUUCUCCAACCAGAUUCAUAUUUGAGUCACCAUGGGCAAGCUUCUUUAUAAAUCUUUGUACCUUUAUGCUAUCUGGCCAUUCUGUUGGGUCAUGGUGGUAUCUCUUUGGUUUGCAGAGGGUCAAUCAAUGUUUACGAGAUGCUUGCAGCAAAACAUACUUUGAUGAAUGCGCAAAAUUCAUUGAUUGUGGGCAUGGACCAACUGAAGAAUAUCAUAAUUACACAAAAAAUGUGUCUAACUGGAGGAACAGUUCUGAUGCAAGUGCUUGUUUUACUGAGGAUGGUUUUAAGUAUGGGAUCUAUCUGAAAGCUGUCAACCUUACUACAGAUCAUAAUGUUUUCACCAGAUAUGUAUAUUCAUCAUUCUGGGGAUUCCAGCAAAUUAGUACUCUGGCUGGCAAUUUAAGCCCCAGCUAUUUUGUUUGGGAAGUUGUUUUUACCAUGGUCAUAAUAGGAUCAGGGCUUUUGCUGUUUGCUCUUCUCAUUGGAAACAUACAGAACUUUCUUCAGGCUCUUGGACGCAGGAGUCUAGAAAUGUCACUUAGACAACGCGAUGUUGAGCAAUGGAUGAGCCAUCGACGCUUACCAGAAGAUCUGAGAAGGAGAGUGAGACAAGCUGAACGUUAUAACUGGGCUGCAACAAGAGGGGUGAAUGAAGGAAUGCUCUUGGAGAAUUUGCCAGAAGACCUCCAGAGGGACAUUAGACGUCAUCGCUUUACAUUUGUUAAGAAAGUUCAAAUUUUCGCCUUGUUGGAUGAGCGUAUCUUGGAUGCCAUCUGUGAGAGGCUAAGACAAAAAACAUAUAUCAAAGGAAGCAAAAUUUUGUAUGCUGGUGGUCUGGUAGAAAAGGUGGUUUUUAUUGUGCGCGGACAAUUGGAGAGCAUUGGCGAAGAUGGAAUUAGUGCUCCCCUAUCUGAAGGGAGUGUUUGUGGGGAAGAACUUCUCACACGGUGCCUUGAGCAUCCUUUAGGAAACCAAGGUUGUGGAAAAGAAAGGAUUCCAACACAAGGGCUGGUUAGUAACCGAUCAGUAUGUUGCUUAACAAAUGUGGAUGCAUUUUCCCUUAGAGCAGAAGACCUUGAAGAUGUUACAAGACUUUUUGCAAGAAUCUUCCGGAAGGAAAGUAGCACCUUACUGGAGACGCUUUGCAGCAACGAGGAUCCAGGUUGCAAGGAAAUACAGGAAGAAACGUCUUAGUCGUGUUGGCACUUCACAAUCCAAUGAAACUUCAAAGAUCUAGAUUUUACUGUAAUAUAUAUUAGCCAUAAUAUGUAUGGAUAUAGCUACAAAAUAUUGUAUAUUCACUAGUUUGUGUUGUGAGUUGUGAGCAGCAAGUUACUUAUUUUCUUUCUAUUAAUAAUAUUAUUUAAAAAUAUAUAGUUUAGAAGUUUUAAGUUAUAAUUAAGUAAUUAAAGAUAUCAUUUUGCACUAAUAAGUCAGUUUUUUAACACUUUUAAUUUAAUCAAUUAAUUUAU